ACUAAUUCUACGGUGUCUCAAUAGGGAAACAUGGGCAAGUAAUACUUAGUUGACUCAGUAAAACAUUUUCACAAGAUUAUGCAAUACUAACAACAUCUUACUUUAUUAAGAAUUUGGUAUUUUUGCAAGUAUCAAUAGUGUAUUAUUUUAUCAACAAGAAGCAAUUUCAACUAACCUUGAGCGAUAAUAGGAUAUAAUAACACAACCAAUAUGCUUAAAAAGGAUAAAAUAGUUCAAUUAAAGAAUCCUAUUGGAAAAACAUUUAGGAUAGUUCGAGAACAAUAUUUAAGAGAAGAUAUUCCUUGCCAUAGUAAAUUGUGUUUAAGCGAUUGUAUCGAGAAAAGCAAACAAGACUACAGACUGCCAAACAAAGAUAGGGCUAGUCAUUAUAUAAUUCCAGAUUGUCUAUUAGCCAAAAAUUAUAUGGAACUAUUGGAAAUGCCUGAAUUUCGAGGUAUUAUCUUCCUGCAAACAGUAACUUAUUUUAUACAACACGAGGGUAGUAUGAGGCUUCAUAAAUCCCUCAUGUCAAUUGUUAAUAAUCCAUUUAAAGAAAGCGCAAUUUUUUACAACGAAUUUCAAAGAUAUGCUUUCGUAGAACGAAAGAAAGGAGAAAGCAUAAUUGAUUGGAGAAGAAGAAGCGUCUACAAUGCUACUGUAUGGUAUUACAAUCAUUUGGCUGGACAAACAUCUUUUGUCAUUUUAAGCGAGGAUCCAAAAAUGAAAGAACUAUACGAAGGAGAAACUCCAAAUAUAUUUGUUCUUACUUUUAAAGAAUAUCUAAAAACGUUUUUUUCUGAAUGGGAAGGUGCUUUUAACCUUUACGAAAGUAUAAAGGAUGCUUUAGAGGAAAGAUCGGAAACUGAUGAAAUAGCUGGCUAUUUACCUAAUGAAGUUCUUGAAGCGGGUAUUAAGUCUGGGCGUUUUGUCGAGGGUGUAUUAAAUGUCAAUAGGUACUGUGCAAAUUCGGAAGCUUUUCUCAAACGAUCAGGAUUAUCAAGUAAACAAGGAGGUGAAGAAUCUGAUAUUCUUAUACCAGGACAAGCUAAUAGAAACCGAGCUAUACAUGGCGAUAGAAUCGUUGUUGAACUUUACCCGAAGAGCCAAUGGAAGUCUAGAAUAUUUGUUCUCGUUAAGGAAAAUGAAACAAAAGACGUCGAGGAUAAUUCCAGUUCAAAUAAGAUGCCUACGGGUAAAGUCGUAGGUAUAUUGCAAAGAAAUUGGAGAGAUUAUGUAGCCAGCUUUGGAACAGAUCAGCAAGUAAAAGUUACGGGUAAAGCUGAGAAGGUUAUUGUUCGACCUUGGGAUUGGAGAAUUCCAAAAAUACGACUUAGCACGAAAUUAGUGGGCGCAUUUAAAGAUCAUAAAAUUGUAGUUCGCAUUGAUUCGUGGGAAGUGGACAGCCAAUAUCCAAAUGGUCAUUUUGUCCGUAGUUUAGGAAAAGCUGGUGAAUUGGAAACUGAAAUAAAGACUCUAUUAAUAGAGAAUAAUCUAAACGUUGGUCCGUUUAGUGAAUCAAUUCUGAAAGAAAUGCCUGUUAAUAAUGAGGAGGAAAAGUGGACGAUGACACCGGAAGAGAUUAAGAAGAGAAGAGAUUUAAGAGAAUCGCAUCUUAUAUUCAGUAUUGAUCCUAUUGGUUGCGAAGAUGUAGAUGAUACGUUAUCAAUUCGGAAAAUCGAGGACAAUAAACUGGAACUGGGAGUUCACAUAGCCGACGUAACUCACUUUGUUCAACCGGGAUCUCUAACUGAUGUUGAAGCUAGGGAGCGUUCAACCAGCGUCUAUUUGGCUGAUAGACGUUAUGAUAUGCUUCCGUCUGUUCUUAGUGGAGAUUUAUGCUCCUUACUUAGUGGUGUUGACAGAUAUGCUGUCAGCGUUAUAUGGAAAAUGAAUGAAAAUUUUGAAGUUGAAGAUGUUUGGUACGGAAGAACAGUUAUAAGAUCCAAAUAUAAACUUUUCUACGAAAUUGCUCAAAAGAUUGCAGACGGUUUAGAUAAUGAAGAAAUAAUGGCAAAUGUAUCCGAAAUGGCUCAGUACGAUAAAAAAGAUAUUGAAUUAAGAAUUGAAGAAUUAAGAUGGUCUAUUAUAAAGUUAAUGGAAAUAGCAAGGCAUUUUAAAGCAAAAAGAACUGAAGAGGGCGCAGUUGUUUUAGAAGGUUCUGAAGUAAAAGUUGAAAUGCAAGAGGAGAAAAUUAAAAACGUUAUACCGAAAAAGUCAUUGGAAAUUCACGAAACUAUAGCAGAAUGUAUGAUAUUUUCUAAUCAUUGGGUUGCUAAAAAGAUAUUUCAGUCCUUUCCGUCUCACGCUUUGCUAAGGCACCACCCACCCCCGCGGCAGGAACACUUCGAUUCUCUCAGGAAAUGCGCUGCCUCGCGUAAUUUCACAAUACAAACUGAGUCUAAUGCAGAAUUAGCGGCUUCGUUAGACUCCUGUGUUGACAUAGACGAUCCAGUAGUUAACAAACUUAUGAGAAUUUUGGCUACUCAGGCUAUGUCUAAUGCUGCAUAUUUUUCGACCGGAUCAUUGAAUCGAGAAUUAUUUAAUCAUUAUGGCUUAGGCCUUGAAUACUAUACCCAUUUUACAUCUCCCAUAAGAAGAUAUGCCGAUGUUGUUGUUCAUAGAUGCCUAAUGGCAGCUAUUGACGAAACUGGCAAAGAUAAUCUUAUGAAUAAUGCUGAUUUACAAACUUCCGCAGAACAUAUGAAUAGCAAACAUAGAGCAGCCCAACAGGCCCAAAAACAAUCUCAGGAACUUUUCCAAUCCUUAUUCUUUAAAGAGAAAUCUGAUGAUGAGACAUGCGUAGUAGAUGCUGUUGUAUUGCAAUUACGUAAUAAUGGAUUUAUAGUAUUCAUCCCACGUUAUGCUAUUAAGGGUGCAGUAUUUUUAAAGAACAAGGAGAAUCUGGUGGUCGAAGUUAGUAACAAGGGAGAAACACAAUGGGUUGCUGGUACAUUAAAUUUAAAAGAAAACAGUGUCCUUGUACAAACAGGCUCAAAACGUCAAGAGUACACUCUCCUCCAGCACGUGACUGUAAGAAUAAACGUUGAAAAUUAUCAUGGCCACGCUCUACAAUUGAGUUUGUCACUCGUAUCAAACAAACCGUUUAUGCCCGACGUUGAAGAUGAGAAAAACUCAGAAAAUUCAGUUGUACAAUCAAAGAGCGAAUUAAUCAAAGCUGUUAAAGAAGCUAAUAAAUCCUUUUGGACUGACGAUAUUAGUUUAGGUCCAAAUUACACUAAUUGGAAAGAGGAAUUCUCUCAAACAGAAGAAAGUAAAAGCGAUUAUCAUACCUACUUAGCAUUGACCGAAUUAAAUAAACUUGAUAUUUAA